AUGGUUGGGUAUGACAAAAAUGAUUCCAUGACGUCUCAAGAAAAAUUGGUAGCGGGAUGCCUGUCAGGAGUAAUGACAAAAUGUAUAACUCAGCCAAUGGACGUGAUUAAACUCCGGUCGCAAUUGCUCAGGAAACCUAAACAGACAAAUGUAACAUACAGAGUGGCGAGGAGGAUCUUUUGGGAAGAGGGUAUCACUGCCUUCUGGCACGGCCACGUAUUAGGACAGGUCCAUUCUGUGUUAUCAGUAAGCAGUCAAUUCUUCGUGUAUGAGCUCACCACAAAAUGGUCUUCCUCGUUAGCUAUACCAGACACACUUAAGCCCGUCAAAAAUUUUAUUUGCGGCACCAUUGCUGGUUGUGUACAAACUACCCUGGUGAUACCACUGGAAGUGAUCCGAGUGCGACAGAUGGUGGUUAAAGACCAAUACAGUAGUGUAUUUAAGGGAGCACAAGCAGUGUAUAGGUAUGGGGGAAUCAAAGCUUUCUAUGAAGGUCUAAGUGCUUCAUUGCUGCAGAUGGGACCACAAUCUGGAAUUUCGUUUGCAGUAUUUAGUUUUGUGCAACCUCUACUUCUUAGUUUCUUCACUGUCUGCCCUCCCGAAGAGUGUAGCAAGGGCAACAAGCAUAGAGCUCAAAACAUUGUACUGGCUAGCAGUUUGGCUGCUUCCACCGCUGGCUUCAUCUCCAAGUCGGUCACCUAUCCAUUGGAUUUAGUUAAACGAAGAUUGCAGUUUUCUUCUCACAAGCACAAUCAAAAAUACAAAACGCCAACUCAAGCUCAGCAGUUAAUCAAAUGCAAAAGAUUAUAUAAGUGUCUCAUACAUGCUUACAAAAGAGAAGGGUUUAGAGGACUGUUUAGGGGGUGGACAGUAACCGUUUACAAAGCCCAAAUGACCAGUGUAUUUGCUUUCACAUCGUACGAAAUAAUUUGUUACACUUUCAGAGAGCUAAAAUCAAUAACUCUCUAA